UCGGCAUGGACGGCGGCUUCUCGUCCACCAACUUUUCACCGGAGAUUUUUAAACCGUCCGCUUGUCGCUUUAGUCCACUCAUAUGACUCGGAAAUGGGUUUGUGAGAGGAGUAAACCAAAGUUGAGUUAAACAGAGUGUUUAGAACCUUUUUGUUUUCCUCUUGGUUCGAGUUGUCUUAAAGGGGAAAAGGGUGAAAAUGCCAGUUGCAACUCUUCUACCUUUCACCGCUCCGCCAAAUAGGAAGUCCGCCAGCCCGACUUCUUUCAGGCUGACAGAGAAAUUUAUCCUUCUCCUGGUGUUCAGCGCCUUCAUCACCCUGUGUUUCGGGGCUAUCUUCUUCCUCCCGGACUCGUCGAAGCUUCUCAGCGGAGUUUUCUUCCGCUCCCCGGCGGUGGAGACCAACACCCGCACCGGUCCGGAGAGCAGCUUCUCCGGCUCGGCUGUGAGCGACGACCGGGUCCUGGCCAAGAUCAAGAAGGACCACGAAAAGGCGCUGCUGGAGGCCAAGGACACGCUCCAGAAGCGGCCCGAGGAGAUACAACGGGACAUCAUGAACGACAAGGCUCAAGUUAACAUUGCGGGUCAGGCUGGGAAUGAUGUGAAUAAAAUUCCUCUCAUUGAAUAUCAGCGUCCGCCCGGAGCGACGGGACACGAACCGCUGGACCCCGAAACCAAGGAGAGACGGGCUAAAAUCAAAGAGAUGAUGAAGCACGCCUGGGACAGCUACCGGCGCUACGCCUGGGGUUCCAAUGAGCUCCGGCCGGUCUCCAAGCAGGGCCACUCCAGCAAUCUAUUCGGGAGUAUAAAAGGUGCAACAAUAGUGGACGCUCUUGAUACGCUCUACAUCAUGGAAAUGUUUGAGGAGUUUGAAGCUGCCACAGAAUGGGUGGAGAAAAACUUGGACUUCAAUGUGAAUGCAGAAGUUUCUGUGUUUGAGGUGAACAUCAGGUUUGUUGGAGGUCUGCUGUCUGCCUACUACCUGUCUGGGAAAGAGGUGUUCCGCAGGAAGGCGGUGGAGCUGGGAGAAAAGCUGCUGCCAGCCUUCAAAACGCCCACAGGCAUCCCCUGGGCUCUGCUCAACCUCAAGAGUGGUGUCGGUAGGAACUGGCCCUGGGCUUCAGGCGGCAGCAGCAUCCUGGCGGAGUACGGCACCCUCCAUCUGGAGUUCAUGCACCUCAGCAAACUCUCCGGAAACCCAGAGUUUGCUCAGAAGGUGAUGAACAUCAGGAAAGUACUGAACCGUUUGGACAAACCUCAGGGACUUUAUCCAAACUACCUGAACCCGAACAGCGGCCAGUGGGGCCAACAUCACGUGUCUGUGGGUGGCCUCGGCGACAGCUUCUAUGAGUAUCUGCUCAAGGCCUGGCUUAUGUCCGACAAGACCGACGAGGAAGGGAAGAAGAUGUACUACGAUGCCCUGCAGGCGAUAGAAACCAACCUGAUGAGGAAGUCGAGCAGCGGCCUGACCUACAUAGCCGAGUGGAAGGGGGGGCUGCUGGAGCACAAGAUGGGCCACCUGACGUGUUUCGCCGGCGGCAUGAUCGCUCUGGGCGCCGACGGGGCCCCGGGCGACAGAACGGGCCACCAGAUGGAGCAGGCGGCGGAGAUCGCUCGCACCUGCCACGAGUCGUACGCCAGGACAGCGCUGAAGCUCGGUCCGGAGGCGUUCCGCUUCGACGGCGGAGUCGAGGCCAUCGCGACCCGACAGAAUGAGAAAUACUUCAUCCUGCGGCCGGAGGUCAUCGAGACCUACAUGUACAUGUGGAGAUUCACCCAUGACCCCAAAUACAGGGAGUGGGGCUGGGAGGCCGUCCAGGCCUUGGAGAAGCACUGCCGACUAGAAGGAGGCUACAGCGGCGUCAGAGACGUCUACGCCUCGUCUCCGAACCACGACGACGUGCAGCAGAGCUUCUACCUGGCCGAAACGCUAAAGUAUCUGUACCUGCUGUUCUCCGACGACGACCACCUGCCGUUCGAACACUGGGUCUUCAACACUGAGGCGCACCCGCUGCCCGUCAUCAGGAAGGACAAAACAGACACGCCCAACGAAGUGGAGUAGCCCCCCAGUGACCUCUGACCCUGUAUAUCUGAGCCUCCUGCUGGUGACAGGUUCCUCCUUGUCGGAUUUUGAUUUUUUUGUUCUUUUUAUGAACUGGAUCUGUUCUGGUUUUAUCUGAUUUGUUUUGGGUUUUUGUUUUAUUUUGAAUCUUUUUGCAAACACUGAUCUCCGGUUGGGUCGGAUCCGGAGCAGCUUUGGAAUCAUGAGAACUUCCUGUUUGGAUUGGAAACGGCAGAGAUAAUCAGCUGCUCUCCCUCUGGUGACAUUAUUAAUCAGGAUGUUUGUCGGGUUUAGUUCUUUUCUCUGUGAAUUAAAGACGUUUGGGCACAAAAACCCGUCAGCUCUGACUGACAGGGGCGACGAAGCGACACGGUGAGCGGAAAGUCUCCCGGCUCACUUCCUGUUUCCUUUUCGCUGCUUGAGGAUCUGUUUGGUUGGACAAACACUGGGAUUUCCUUUUUUUAUGUUUUCAUCGAUCUAAAUCAUGCCUCGUUCAGAUCUGGUUUUCUUUGACCAGCUGUUUGAUUUGUUCCUCUUUCUCACAUUUCCAUCAGAGUUUGACCAAAACAGGGAUUUAAAAAUGGAUAUUUCUUCCUAACUAGAUAGUUUUUGCCUUUUUUUCCCUGUAAAAAUUGGUUUGAUUUUAGUUUUAAUGACUUCAGACUUUAAUAUUUUUUUAAAUCGGUAAAAAAAAUAAAUAAUUUUGAUGGAUUUUGGAGCAGUUUAAAUUGUCAGGGAGCUUUAUUUUAUUUUAUUUUAUUUUAUUUUUGGCAUACAUGAAAUAUCGGAAUUGGCCCGAUGUUAAUACCCGAUGUGACGGUGAUGCUGCAGAGGAUUCUGGGAUAUUAUUUCUAGUUGUUCUUAUCAAUAUCAGCUAAGAUUUUGAAAUCAGUGCCUCCAUUGAGACCCUGAACAUUUACGCUGCUGUUCCAGAGUUUACAUCCACUCAUCUGAAUCAUUGUAGUUCCUUAAGGCUAAUUUAAAGUGUCGAGAAAUGUUUCACAAUAAAUGAUAAAUAAAUAAAAAAAAGACCAGCCCACUGGGAAUUGUCCCGAUAAACCCAAUUAACAGGUGAGCCUGUUUGUUUUCACCUUGUAACUGAGAUCUUAAUAACCAGCCACUGGGGCCUCGAUGGUGCAUGUAUAUAUAUAUGACUCUGUGAUUAGAGGAAAUCCACGGAUCUUACUGUUAGAAAGUCAUUGAAGUUGGACAGUUUUUAAUCAUUUUGUUCUGCAAAAUGGUGAUUUAAAUGUAGUUAAAGUUGGUAUCAAUGAGUGGAUGUAACCUUCCUCUCUUCUUCUCUUCUGUUUUCCGUCAGGCAGGAUCUUCUCCUCUGUGAGGAAAUGCAGGAACUCAACUUUGCUCUAACAGCUCCACCUUCCAUCACAUUGAAGCCAUACUAACGUAGCGCAGUUUUUACCAUUUACGUUGUCGUUUACAUCAUGAUUAAUUAAUCGUUUUUUUCCCCCGGAACCGCAGAGAUGAAGCCAGAUUUCAUCCAGUUUGGUCUUUAAUCUAGUGCCUUCGCUGGUAAAAACAGAGGCGUUGCAGCUCACAUGAACACAAAGAAGGGAUUUUUUUAGCAAAGACUCUCAGCUUUAAGUGUGUUCCCAUCCUUCAGAUGAAGAUUUAACCAAAAGUGGACAUGAAUAAAAGGAUUACCACUCCUUUCUGAGGAAAAUCCAUCUGAAGUAGGAGAUCAGAUGCGUUAUUCCCUCUCCAGAGUCAUAAGUCUUAUUUCCUGGGCUGCAGUGACACCUAGUGGUGGCAGAUUGCCGCUGCGCUUCCUGAAUCUUGGGCCAAACGACUGCAGACUGUGAAAUUAGCUGCAUUAUAAAGUAAUUACCAAUCACAAUGUGCAAGGCUUGCAGAUCUUUCUCUCGUCUUGCCAGAUGAUGAUGUUGGAGGCGGCGGAUCCAAUUCAUCAGCCGAGUUUUAAAGCAGACAGACGGCAGAUGGAGAGUCGUUAAAAAAGUUGCGUCACCGCCAGAGAUUAUUUAUCCGAGGUUUAUAAAACAUCUGUCUGACCUUUAAGUUUGGCCAAAACACAGAAACAAAGUUUAAUAAUCCAGGCAGGUUUUUCUAGCGCUUAGGAAAAUGUUUUGUUGAUUUUAUUCUCUGAUAAAGUACCAGAAAUAAUCAAAUUAAACUGAAAUCAACUUAUCAGUCAGAUUGUUUUGAAAUCAUGUAUGAAAUUUCUUCACUUUAAGUUACUGAAACCAACUGGAGUCGAUUUAAUUAUGACCAAGACAUCAUGACUAAAAAGUGAAAAAAGCAGAGAGCUGCUGCUGGAAAACAUUUUUAAAAAAAAAAGAUGUUUGAGGUUUGCAGAGAUUUUUAUUCUCUGAAAAAGUUGAAAAAACAGCAAAUUUCAACUGAAGACAAAACAAAAAUCUGAUUGUUUUUAAAGCGUCUAUUAAAUUACUUCACUUUCUUUUUCUUAAACUGAUUAAAUUAAAUUCCUGUUUUGAUUGAAUAGAAAAAUCAAACAUCAAUAUAAUCUAAUUUUUCAUUUCGGUGUCAAAAAUUAGAUUUUCUUUUUUUUUUUCUUUUUUUUUCCAAAGUUUGGGGUCAAAUCUCAAUAAAAAGCUUUAAUUUCCUCUAACAGGAAAAUUAUCUUAAUUAAUUUAUCUCAAAUGAAAUAUUUUACUCCAAAGAGUUUCCUUUUUAAAUCGUUUUCUCUCUGAAUAGUUUUUCUGUCUUUUGUUUGUCUGAAAGCUGAUUGUGAUGAUUUAUUUCUGGUGGAUCACAGGAGAUGCGGGUGCUGGGUGCCGACUCCAGGGGGCGCUGUGGGUUCAUCAGUAAACAAACCGCAGAAACAGCUGCUUUAUAAUCUGCAAAAUCAAAGAAAAAAAACUGAAGUCGGUUCUUUUUAAAAUGUUUUUCAAGUGACAGAAAGACGACAAAACAAAGGAUCAGAUGGAGCCGAAUGAAUGUACCAUCAAACGUGAAAUUAUUUUUGCUUUAGUUCACUUAUUUGUCUUAAAAAGCACAAAAAGCUGCAGAAGAAUGAAUUUACUGAGAGGUAGAAACGCAAACAUGGGAAACUAAAAAUCAAAGGAAGAAAAAAAUCUAAAACUUGAAUCGUUUCGUUUCAGAAAGAAACGUUUUGCUCACUUGUAUUAAUUUUAGUUUUUGCUGAAUUAUUGGAUGUAAUUCAACUCUGAAUCAAUGGAUUUUUAUUUGUGUAUGAAGCAUUUUCAUUUUUUUUACAGCUUUAACAUGAAGAAUUUACAUUAAAUACAACUUUUUUUCAUGUUUAGUUUAGGUCUUUUGUUCUAAUUUCUCAAUUUAUUUGUGGUGAAAUUAAGGAUUUAAAAAGAUGAGAUGCUGCUUUGUCGGUUUGAAUUUAACUUUUCUCUUUUUAUUCUUUGCAGGAAAUGAGAUUAGCUGUUCAGAUUAUAGAGAAUUACUGGGUUUAGACUCUUUUAAGGGCUGAUCUGCAGCUUUUUAUUUUUAUUUUUGUGUCCCGCAGCGUUAAUCUGGUCCAAUUAUCACCUUCAGAUUUAAUUUAUUUCCAUAAAAAUGGUUGGACUUUUUGGUGAUUUUUCUUUUUUUUCUGAUCAUUUUGUGCUUCAUUGUUUUUCUGUCACUGACUCGGUCGCCCAAACAGCCGAUGAUUUAGAGCUUCAAAUGUGUGAAAACAGCCUCAGAAAUGUAGAAAAACUCACUGAGAAUCAUUCCAUUGCACAGAUUAUUUUACAUUUGUAUGCAGUGUUUUAAUUCUGUGGGGAAAUUUGAUUUAUUGUGUGAAAUAUAAUUAUUGUUGAUAUGAAAUGUAAAUAUUGCAUUGCGGCAGACGAGCCGUUUGGCAUUUAUAUAAAGAAUCUUCUGAAGAUAUGGAAUAAAAUGAUAAUAUUGAGCAGCAGACUUUUUAAUAAACUAUAUUUGUUACACUUCUAUUGUGAAUAAAACAUCUUCUAAUAA